UACGCCUUUAUCGACAAUAUUAUAAUUACAUCCGAUAUAGCUAAAGACUACUUAAAGUAUUUUAAUACUAUAUUUACACUCUUUAUUAAAAAGAAUAUUUUAAUUUCCUUGAAGAAAUCCUUUAUUAACUUUCUUAACGUUAAACUAUUAGGUUUCUGUAUAAACGCGCUUGGGCUAACGUUAAUCGAAGAAAGAAUUGAAACUAUGCGAAAACUAGACUUUCCGAAUUAA